GAGUUAGUGAGAAGUGAGGGUCGCUAACAAAUUAGUGAGAGCUAACAAAUUAGUGAGAACAAAAUAAAAAUAGUCUCACUAAAAAAUUGCGAUGAGCUCAGUAAAUUAAUUGAAAUAUCCAGACCCCAGCGAGACAAUGAGUGAUACUAAGACUAAGGAAAGUAAGAAGGAGAAGAGAGAGAGGAAAGCUCAGAAGGUACAGAAGACUCAGAAAGUCACUGAGCCUUUAGUAGAAGAGCCCACUGUUAAAAAUGAGUCAAAUGAGUCAAAUGAAUCAAAUGAGUCAAAUGAACCAAAUGAAGUACUGACUAAACAUCAUGAAUUUGAAGAAAUCGCUAUUGAUUUACAAGCAGGAAUCCCCUUAUCUAAAAAACAACAACGUCUCUUAAAGAAAGGGAAAUUAAACUUAGAAAGAUUAGCUAAGAAACAUCCAGCACCAGCUCCAGAAUUAAGUCCUGAAGAACAAGCUAAAAAGGAUGAAGAAGAUAAAGAGAAAGAUAAAAAAUCAGGUAAAUCUGAAUUUGCUGUAUGGAUCGGUAAUUUAUCAUUUGAUACAACUAAAGAAGAUUUAACUAGAUUUAUAAUUGGUAAAACUUCUCAACUUGAUAUAAAGAUUACUGAUGAAGAUAUUACUCGAGUGAAUCUUCCUAAAAAGGAUAAUAAAAUUAAAGGAUUUGCUUAUAUUGAUUUAGCUAAUAUUGAACAAGUUAAUACGGUGAUUUCAUUAAGUGAAUUACCAUUAAAUGGUAGAAAAUUAUUAAUAAAAAAUGCAAAUUCUUUUGAAGGUAGACCAACUCCAUCUCCAACUGCUUCAUUAUCUAAAAACCCUCCUUCAAGAAUUUUAUUUGUCGGUAAUUUAUCAUUUGAUACAACUCAAGAUUUAUUGGAAGAACAUUUUAGACAUUGUGGAGAUAUUGUAAAAAUUAGAAUGGCAACUUUUGAAGAUACUGGUAAAUGUAAAGGAUUUGCAUUUAUUGAUUUUAAAGAUGAAGCAGGUCCAACGGCUGCUUUAAAAUCAAAGUUAGCUAAGAAAUUAAUUAAUAGACCUUUAAGAUUAGAGUUUGGUGAAGAUAGAUCCAAGAGAACUCCUAAUCAUAUAAAGAAAGCAGAAGCAGAAGCAGGAGGAGAAGUCAGUACCACCACUUUCACUAAUUCCAAUUCUAAUUCUAAUUCUAAUUCUAAUUUCACUAAUACCCCACAAUAUGAAUCAAGAGCUCGUGAAAGAGUAAGACAACCGCAAGAAACGUUUAAUAGUAGACCUCCCCCACCAAAGAGACUGUAUAAACCUGAUUAUUCCGAUAAUAAUAAUAACUCUAAUAAGAGAUUAAAAUCAUCAGUAGCAUUAGCAACUGCCCAAAGAGCCAGUGCCGCAAUAGUUCCAUCAUCAGGUAAGAAAAUUACCUUUGAUUAGUUAAUUAACUAAUUAACUAAAUAGUUAAAGUGAUCAAUGUAUAUUUAUAUAAAUAGUAAUCUUUUAGGGAGAAUAAUA